UACAUGCCAUGUCGGUUUCUCACAGUGGCAAUACAUUACAACAGGAAUGUCAACAAACUGGAGUUAAGUUCAAAGGAAACUAUUUGAUUCAUAAACAGUGCUCUUGAGCAACAAGGAAACAACUGAAAUAUGGAAGGGAGGUGUGUGUGUGAAAGACAUUUGACAGUGAGAUUUAUCAAAAGUCGGUUUGAGAAACAUAUCUUUAACUUGAAGAGAAAUGAAGAUGGAUUAUCACAUCACCUUAACAAGAUUCAUAGUGAGCAUUGUAAUCCUUCUUCAUGGGUGUCAUUCGGAUGUGAAAUGCAGGAAUGACAAGGGAGACCAAGUUGACUGGUAUAUUUUAUACAAGCUGCCCAACAUAAAAGAUGGUGGUUUGUCAUACUUUUACAUGGAUGAGAGCACAAACGGGUGGAAACUCAGCAAAGAGAAAAUCAACAGUACGUCUGGUUCGCUGGCAAACACACUGAAACCACUUCUUGACUUCUACGACAAAAAGACUGAAGGCUUUGGAUACUUGCUCUACAAUGAUCAACCUCCAAACCAAAAGACUGUUUCUUCAUCGUUUGGCCACAGCAAAGGCGUCGUGAUGUUGAAUCGACAAACUGGAGUUUGGCUUUCACACAGCACACCAAAAUUUCCAACAUAUCGCAGGAAAGACUUCUGGCCAGACUCUGGAAACACUAAUGCUCAAACGUUCAUCUGUGUUCAUUUUGGCUAUGAUCAGUUCAAAAUCAUUGGACUGCAACUCCAGUACAUCCAUGCUUAUUCAUAUGACUCUGAGCUUCCAAAAACGUUUCAUGAGGCGUUGCGGUGUGUUGCACAGCGAAGCUGCUACCCAAGAAAAGAACCAUGGUUUAGUGUGAUGAAGCUGACCUCUUUGAAUGAACGUAGUUUCCUUAGCUUUGCUAAAUACACACGAUAUGGUGAUGAUCUUUACUCCGGCCUUAUUGCAAAAUGGACAAAAGAGAAUCUCUUUGUGAAGAGUUGGGGAAAGAUGCGACAACCUUUGCUGUCUGAUUGCAGCUCCAGCAUCCACGUCUACAAUGUGGAGGAAGUGAAACUGCCAAAGGGGAAGCCCUUCAGUAACACUGUGGAUCACUCCAAGUGGUGUGUGACUUCAGGUGGUGGCUUGACCUGCAUCGCUGACAUGAACAGAGAGCAGAGUCAGACGAGCAGAGGAGGAGGCGCGAUAUGUACAGAUGACACUGUAGUGGCGAAGGCUUUUGGUGCUUUGAUCUCACAGUAUGAAAUUUGUGAGCAACCACAUUCUUACGAUCAAAGCAGAGAGCUUUAAAGGCACAUUUGCUAUUUCUGAUUUGGGAAUUUUAUUCUGGUUUACUUAUUUGUUUUGGGGAAGGGGGGUGGGGGGGGGGGUU